AUGUUUGGGGACCCCUCCAACUAUCGGAAGGAGACCCUCACAUUCGAAGUGGUAGGGUUCAAAGGAGCCUACCACGCCAUUUUAGGGCGGCCGUGCUACGCGAAGUUCAUGGCAAUCCCCAACUACACUUACCUCAAGCUGAAGAUGCCCGGCCCUCGCGACACCAUCACCGUGGGGUCGGCCUUUCAGCGCACGUACCAGUGCGAGGUGGAUAGCUGCGAGCUCGCCUCGGCGGUUGCGGCAUCCGAGGAGCUUGCUCUGAUCAGGACGGAGACCGCCGAGGAGGCUCCCGACUCCAACAGCAAGACCAGCUCCUUCAAACCUACGAAGGGAGUCAAGGAGAUCCCCCUCGACCCCCAGGGGUUGGGAGAAAAGAAGGUGAAGGUCGGCGCGAAGUUGACUCCCAUAUAG